CAGUCUUUUCUUUUGUCGGACUGGUUUCAAAAUACACACAAUUCUUUCAAUUUCCAAUAUCUGGACAAUUGAAGAAGCCCAAUCAUGGGCUUCUCCUGAACGGAUUAAGCAAGAAAUUUAAUGUUUACACUUCAAUUUAACUUCGUGUGCAAAUUAUUUGUUUGUCUGACCGUAGCAUUACACAUCACACCCAGAAGUCAGUGCGCUCCGUUUUCGAAAUUACAAGUCAAAAACUUUUAUAUUACGAGUAAAGCAAAAUGCUGCGACAGCUGAAAAGUGUUAGAUGCAUGGCUUCGCUCUUGCAUCCAAUUAGACGGGAUUUUUCCGACAGCGUUUUCCAAAGUGGAUUCGAUUCGGCCGCCAUCAAGGGAGACGUGGGUCCAGCCCCGACUUACCGAGUACCCCAAGCAAAGUACGGCGGUAUUACAUUUGUAACCCUACUGACGGGCCAGACAAUAAUUGGGAAACAAGGCGCCAGCUAUAUGAAGGGUCUGCUACACAGCGCCCGAGUCCCAGUAGGUAUGCAUCAGAUCAGCGACGAACAGGAAGCCGAUUACUUUAAUUCGGUGUUGCGGAAUCAUGCGGCCGUGCACAUUGACAUUAUACACGAUGCCGCCGAAAAACGAAAGGCACUUAAAAUUUGCAACGAUUUGGACUUGUAUAUGUUCAUGACCAGAAUUCGUACCUUUCCCGGCUUCAAUUGUCGCUUUCCCGACGUAGACAUUCAGCUAAUAACGCAGAACAACAUGGGAAACUAUCUGGAGUUGGAGUACUCCCCCGUUCGGGGUGUGGUCGAAGCCCUCCGCGUCGUCACCGAACAGGGUAUAGACAGGGUUUUGCGUUUUGCUUUUGAGGCCACGCGCCGGGCGAAGCGAAAACGCAUGACCCUAGUCCAUUUGAGAGACGAGUGGCCCGUUACCGAUGGAGUUAUGGUCGAUGCCGCUCUACAAUUACAGCGCUGUGAAUACACCGACAUUGAAGUUGAGCCUCUGGAUUUGGGGGAAUGUGUGGGGCGUCUAAUUCUGAGUCCUGGCUGCUUUGACGUGCUCGUGACAAACGAUCGCUAUGCAACCUUCAUGGCCACUAUAUGCAGUGCGGUCUGUGGCGGCGCUACCCUCUUCAGUGCUGUCGAGAUCGGCGAUGAACAUGCGGUCUUUAAGCCAUUGCAGACGAAGCUCUCGCUGACCAACUAUCAGUUCUUGAGUCCCUACGGCAUUAUUUCGACCUGUGUGGACUUACUAUACCAUCUGGGGCACUCAGCCUGUGCCGAAGCCAUGUGGACGGAAAUGCUGCGCACCAUGAAGGAUGGUGUGAAGACUGUGGAAUUCGGGGGCCGGGAUACUGGCGAAUAUGUUGUGUGCAAUCUUGUUAAUAGAUUACGCUGUAAAAGAUUUGGUGACAAAUCUACAGCGGAAGCGAACAAUAAUUAAAGCCGCCGAAUUGUUUAUUUAAUACAACACAAUUGUCCAAUAAUAUAUACGUAACAAAAUA